AUGAUCGUUGGGUAUGGCCGAAGUGGCUAUGCAAAAGAGGCAUUGAAGUUGUUUACAGACAAAAAAUGGCAAGAUAUUUUUCCCAAUGCAGUUACCUUGGUGAGUGUACUUUCAGCUUGUGCACAGUCAGGCAAUUCGAAGUUGGGUGCAUCAGUUCAUAGUCUUGGGAUUAAUAUUGGAUUAGAUGAUGCUAAUGUGAGAAACACUCUAGGAGACAUACUCCAGAAAGCCUUUAUUUUUAUUGCGAAGAUGGCCAUUCAACCCGAUGUCACUGUUUCUGGUGCUUUUCUUAUGGAAGCAGUGUUCACUCUAGGUUCAUUCUUGGGGAUGUGGCAGUACGACAAAUGCUCGACCUGCGUCGUCAUGAUGCAAGCAACUAUGUGCUUAUGUCAAAUUUAUAUGCUUCUAACAGAGCAUGGAUCUAGGCCAGUCAAGUUCAAGAUUUGA